CUUUUACACCCGCCAGGCGAAGUGAAGAUGCAUUCUAUCACUUCGCCUACAUUCGAACGUCCGUGACCUCCACCCAAGAGAGCGCUAAGGCGGAGACUCCGUCGGACUGUAAUGGUGGUUUGGGAACCGUGGAGUAUAUCCGUUGGAACAGCACUUCAGUGACAACGCCGUGUGGCCCAAAUCCGUUUGCAUCAGCGUGCAGCGUGGAUGUGCCGUCGAAGCAACACACUUCGUUCGUUGCCGAAUGCAACGCAUUGGUGGAGAGCAAGGGCCUCAGCAAGUCGUCCGUAAACAUCACCGAGGGGCGCGCCAAGGAUCAAAUAGUUCUCGUGACACAAUCUACGCCCUCUCUCAACGCAGUGAAAGACACCGAGGCCAACGACUCGCCGAUGGCAACGGAAGACAACAAACAACCACAGGCUGUAGAAGACGACAAACGACCGCAGGCAAUAGACGAGUAUAACAGUCGCAGCCAAAGGAGUAUCCCGGGGAUGCAUCCUGCAAUGGGACCGACGAGGAUACUUCAGAGAGAAUGCAUGAAAACGGCCUGGCGAGCACGAAAGACGUCCAAGACACAGUCUUUCCAGAAGUGACUGUGGCUUCCUCGACAACAAAGGAAAGCGUCGACCGAACGCAGUCUGGGCUUGAAGAAGGCCUCCGGCUAGUUUCGGUAGAGAAGGGACAUAGAGGCCACUGUAUCGGAGCCAACAGUUCGGGAAGUCACGGUCGUGUCUUCCUCGACGCACGACAGCCUGGGCGCCGGCAUCGAAGUGCCCUGGCUGUUCGACAAGGAAUCUGACAUGACCCUCGGUGGUGAAGACGUGCUUCACCACAUGUCGUCGCUGGUGCGGGCCAGUGUCGACGAGGACGACGAUCCGGCGAGGGCUGACGGGAUUCAAGCUAGUCAGAUGUCUGUAACCUACACCCAGAUGUCCUCGACAUGCGGUUGCAGUGACAGAACACAGACCAAAGCGAGCGAAGGGACGUCGGGCAACAUCACCACCAACUACAGCGAUCCGCACAGCAACCUCUUUGAUGAGGAGUCGUUGAUCAGGAGGGAGGAGGGCCAGGCACCGAUCAUUCGAAUGUAUGGCCCUUUUCCGCAUGACAUCCACAUGUCGUUGCAAGGAAGCCUACUCUCGUGGGGCCUUCCACGUGGAGCCGAGCGACCACACAAUCUACGCGAAGUGGCCAGUCCAAAGUUGGUGUCCCUGCCAGCUGUGAACUCGGAUGCUGCGGGUCAUAGCGACGACAGCCUCCCACUCGCCACAAAGGAAGGUGACUGUGGCGAAUUGCCAGCGACGUCUCGGCAGCGUGCAGCUAAGAUCGUCAGCCGCCUGCACAGCGACUCCAGCAGCCGGCCAAGUUUCAGGGCGCGCCUUUCCAAGGACGCAAAGUGCCGAAAGGCGCCAUCGACAAAGUCACAAUGCUCGAAAGACCGCAGCUCCGCAAGUAGCGCAUCAAUGCAGAGUACCAUUGGCCCACGAAACGACGAUAGACCUACGCGACUGUCUUCAAGUAAGCUGUCCACGUCGUCAAUGUUCAAGAACCGGCAGCGGUCUGUGCACUGGUUCAAGACCAUCGAAGACGUUGACAGUGACACCGUGGUCAAGGACUGUGACUACCUGGUCACUAGCCAGCUGAAAACGAAAGUACCUAUAGAGACUAACAUAAAGGCAGUUGCCCCGAAGGCGAUGAGCAGGACAUCGAAAGAACCAAGCGAAUCUGAUGCGAAUGAGGGCAGCAUUGUUGACGAGGGCUGUAAGAAGUUCGCGAAGCGUGUUCUGGAAGAGACGGUGAUUGUGGCGGGCAAAGUCAACAGUUUCCUGGAGUUCUACGAAGCCUCUUGCAGCAAAGAGGAAGGUGCUUUGAGAGACCCAGAGGAAACAACAGCUUCCGUUAAACAUAUAGACGCGUCCACUUACGAGGGUGCCGGACCUGUGGAGUCUCUUGAAGGAUGCAACGAAUCGGCUGGAGAUCUGGUGACAGCAAAGGACUCCACAGGUGCUAAAAGUGACAAAGAAAAGGCUGUCAAUAUUUCGGAGUCGCCAGAACCAUUUGAAGCCCAAAGCGAAACAACCAUUCUUUCAAAAGCUAUGCAAGAUUCAAGGACAGCGACUGAAGGUGAACGAACGAAUGCUUCUGCGAACGCCGACACAGAGUCGCUCGAAGUGCUCAGUAUGACCGCAAGCUCCGUCAACAUUGAUAACGAAGACCCACAUACGACUGUCGAAUGUGGUGGAAAAAAUGUUGAUUCUACCAAUGGGUCGCCACUCUUGAAAACACCCUCAACCGAAGCACUUCAAUUCAAGCCCGCAAGUUCUUUGCUGAAAAGUCGGGAACAGCUGGAAAACAUUGCGAACUCGCAUAGAACGAGUGGCACUGACGAAAUGGCUGAGCUUUCCAGAACAGUGGCAGAAGCCAGAAGUAAACCAAUGAGCUGCGACAAAUCUGCUGAUGUUUUGGAAAGCAGAGGGGAGCAGAGGGCGACAACUCCGACAUCAGAACGAGAGUCGGUGUCUAACAAAGCAGCAAGUCAUGAUGCACCCACAUCCAGCAAAUGUAUUAACACACAGGCUACCCUUCCUCCGGAACAAGUUGAUCGGAGAGACAAUGACAAACAGGAAGAGACGAAUGUACCAACAGGCAGCAAGAAGCCUUUACCGGAAUGCGAAACAAAAGCAGCUGAAGGUGCAGCUAAGCAGGGCAGUUGCAGCGUACCGUCGAGACAUGCGACGCAGAGUAGCUCGGACGACAAGCAGUCUGCUGCCCCGGAAGACAGCAAAAAGAAGACCGCUGAGGGACGAGACAAGGAGGACGAAGAUUCAUCCGCCAACAGGCACAGUACCGUCCUGCAGUGCCACGAGCUUGCGGGCUCCAGCCGGUUCUCUACGUUCGCGGCACCGAACAAGGGUGCAGCGCUGACGCAGAGGUCGUUCAACAUGACGAGAACACUGCGCAUCACGACGACGAACCAGUUCAAGCCACUCAACCUGAGACACUCAAUCACGGGCAUACUCGGAAGUGACAGCGACCUCUUGGGAAGGCCAUUGUCAGUACAAAGCAGAGAGGUGGUGCCUCCGCGCACUCCAAAGCGCCCUGUAAAAGGUAAGAAACCUUCGACCCACCCCAGGGAGAGCGAAUGUGCCUUCGGCAGCUUGUCCAAAAAAUUUGGGUCCUGUGAAAACACCAGCAGGUCGAAUAACAUGGAGACGCCAGCUUCCGAAGUGACGGCACGUAGGAGCCAUUCUGCCGGCGAAGCUCACGUGAGAGCCAAUCUAGGAGGCAGUGGUGUGAGGUCUAAAACGCAAACGAUUGGUCGGCAUUCGGGCACUGCUCUGGGGGACAAUGUGACGAAGACGCAUGCGAACGGAACGACCCUGGAUACUGGAGAGAACGAAGGCAGCGUGAGACGCAAAACCAAAAGUGAGAAGUGGUCAGAGAGCCAGUUGCCCCUCAAGAAGCGCGCGUGCUGUCGAAUGCCCGAAAAUUGGAAUGGUCAGAAGAAGUAUCCAGAUGAGGGAUCUCUGCCGGCGGAGCAUAAAACGAAGAACCCAGGUGCAGUUGUGAGGGAAGCUAACGUGAACAACGCAGAAGGGGAGGGAACUGAAAGUUCCCUAGCGUUCCAAGACGUGCCUACAACUCAAGCAGCAUUGAAAUCAAACGUGCUUCAAGAGAGCGAAGACAUGGACUUCGCUCAUGUUGAAUACCAGUCUGACAGCGCUCCGGAGGAAAGAACUAUCUCGCUCGUUCCUGAAUCUCAGUACAGUACUAUAGGCGCCGAAAUCAACCAUGUGCCCCCGAUAUCUGCCAUCUUGGGCGGCGACGCCAACAUGGAGGGUGUCAAACUCUGCCUGUCACUGCCCUCGGAAGGCGAGUGCACAGCCGCCUCAACGAUCUCGAAAGACGAUCAGCUGCCGAACGACAUGACUGCAUCCGCCAUGGCUCCGGACGAGACAUCCAUCAUGGAGGGAGACAAAAGUGCCAGCAUUAGCUUUGAACACUCGACCAUGCCAAGUUGCAAACCAGUACUGGCCAAGGGCUGCCGGAACAAGGGAGGCGAGAAAGACGUCGACGCCGAAGUCGACAACUCUGAAACGAGUUCGACGUGCGUCACAUUGGAUGCAGAUGCUGUUGAGGAAAGCACUUCUUCCAUUCACUGUAACGUGGAGGACGAUCUUGCCGACAACUAUCAGCCAGGAAGUGCAUACGAACUCUAGGACUUACAUCUAAACGGUCACGUGAAAGUGCAGCCAAGUUGCUCAUCCAAUGUCUGGGUAGAGCUCAAUUAACCUUGACCGAUUGAGGGAACUGAACAGCGGCAUCAAUUUGAUUUCGCUGCAUUCUGCACUGCUAGAGCACAAAAAUAAUGAAAAGAUUAUGCGACACAGGUGGUCAAGUAAUAAAUCGUUAAACAGUUGGCUGAAUUAUCUGUAAUGAAGAGCUGCCUGCGACUAAGCAGCACUGCUGCCAGCGCAAGCUCGCUGUUGCUGCUUAGGGCAGGCUACAUUUCUUCACUGAUGUCAUAAAUAGAUUACUCACCCGAAAGCCUCACAAUU